CCAGUCAUCCAUCCUCUCCCUCUCUAGCGCGUCUCUCCUGCUUGUUUUUCACCGCUCGAGUCUGCGUGUAGAACGCUCGCGCUCGGCCGCGCUGCUGUGAUUGGAGGACUGAAUCAGGGCUCAUCGCGUUACACGCACGAGAGGAUUGUUCUCACACACAGAGGCACAACUAGAAAAGAAAAGAACGAGAGAAACCGGAGAAAACGUCCUCGAAAGCAGGAGAAAAUCACCUAAAACCUCACCACAGAAAGUCUCUAGAAUUCACGCUUUGAAGUAGACCUUCGUCACGAGUCAUAAGUCCUAAUUUGGAAGGAUUUUGAGUUGUUUGAGCGGCUUCAUCAAAUAGGUACUACAAAGGUUUUUCACAGAGGUUUAUGGCUUUGCUCUGUGAUCAGCUCUAGACAGGAGACUCUUAAUGCUGAUACCCAUGAGUCCCCUUCAUCAUCAUGUGCUGCCACACUUGCUACCCUGUGAGGGAGAGAAGGAGCAUACGGCAACCUUGAUUACCGAAGCUCAGAGAUUAACCCUUAACCCUGCGCCUGAGACAGAGACAGACCAAUGCAAUCAGCGAGUUUCCUGUCUCAUAAUUAUUGGUGCUUGAUUGGUCUGUCAGAGACCAGAUACCCUGCAGCCCACCUCUACCGUUCCACUCCGCAUUAAUGACCCAUGACAUAUGAGAACCGUGUUUACAUGCAGAACUCCAUACCGCCACAUCGAGGGGAUCACCGUUGGGAUUUUCUCAGGGUCUUAAACAAGAGGAGGCUGUAAAGAGGCCUUGAAGUUGUCUUCACACUCACAUACUCUUCCUCGGUCUACUCACCUUCACAGAUCAUUGGCCACUUUGUUUGUCUCAAAAGAGUACGGCACAACCAAGACAGCUAUAUAGUUUCGGAUCUCAGCCAACAUGAUAAAAAGCACUUCCAUGGUCAUCGUCAUUGGCCUUUUGGGAGCUGCCUUCCUUCUCUCGCCAUCGGCUGAGGGUGGGCAGAACCCAGACUACAUGCUUCACGGCACUGGGGUCAAGCCCGGAUCAGAUCCAAAGAGACCACUGUCAGGGGACGGGUUCACCGUGGCCCCAGAGGAUGCUGCCCGCUUCCUUAGCUGCUACUGUUCAGGCCACUGCCCCGAAGAUGCCACAAACAACACCUGCGACACGAACGGCCAGUGUUUUGCUAUCAUAGAGGAGGAUGAGCAUGGUGAGGCUAUCCUCACCUCUGGCUGCAUGAAGUAUGAGGGCUCCCACUUCCAGUGCAAGGACUCUCCUAAUGCUCAGACCAGACGGACCAUUGAGUGCUGUUCCACUGAUUUCUGUAAUAGAGACCUUCAGCCCACACUUCCACCUCCUAUUCCAGGAAAGCCUCAGUUAUGGAACGCCCACUUGCUGGCCUUUCUGAUCUCCGUGAUGGUGUGUUGCUUCACUUUGGUGGCCAUAACUGUGGUGUGUUACUACAGGUAUAAGCUGCAGACAGGACGGAGACGGUACCAGAGAGAUCUGGAGCAGGACGAGGCCUUCAUCCCUGCAGGAGAGUCUCUCAAAGAUCUCAUUAGUCAGUCCAGCACUGGCUCCGGUUCAGGGCUCCCCCUGCUGGUCCAGCGCACCAUUGCCAAACAAAUUCAGAUGGUACGUCAAAUCGGGAAGGGGCGGUAUGGAGAAGUGUGGCUUGGUCGCUGGAGAGGAGAAAAGGUUGCGGUGAAAGUGUUCUUUACCCGUGAAGAGGCUAGUUGGUUCAGAGAGACCGAGAUUUACCAAACGGUGCUCAUGAGGCACGAAAAUAUACUCGGCUUUAUAGCUGCAGAUAUUAAGGGCACGGGAGCGUUCACUCAGCUUUUCCUCAUCACAGACUACCAUGAGAAUGGUUCUCUCUAUGACUAUCUGAAAUACACCACCCUGGACACACAGGCUCUGUUGAGGCUGGCCUAUUCUGCAGCCUGCGGCCUGUGCCACCUCCACACAGAGAUCUAUGGUACGCAGGGCAAACCUGCCAUCGCUCACAGAGACCUGAAGAGCAAAAACAUCCUCAUAAAGAAGAAUGGCACCUGCUGCAUCGCUGAUCUGGGCCUGGCUGUGAAAUACAACAGUGAUACCAAUGAGGUGGACGUCCCUCUGAGCACAAGGAUGGGCACACGACGGUACAUGCCACCAGAGGUCCUGGAUGAGACCCUAAAUAAGAACCAAUUCCAAGCGUACAUAAUGGCUGAUAUUUACAGCUAUGGGCUCAUUGUUUGGGAGAUGGCCCGCCGAUGCGUGACAGGAGGUAUUGUUGAGGAGUAUCAGUUGCCAUACUGGGACAUGGUACCUUCAGAACCAUCCUACGAGGACAUGAGGGAAGUGGUGUGUGUUAAAGGCAUGCGACCAGUGGUGUCUAAUCGCUGGAACAGUGACGAGUGCUUACGGGCCAUGCUAAAGCUCAUGUCUGAGUGCUGGGCACACAACCCAGCCUCUCGCCUCACAGCUCUUAGAGUCAAAAAAACACUCGCCAAAAUGGUUGAAUCACAGGAUAUCAAAAUAUGAUCAGUUUUCCCUCCAAUGCCAGUCUGAGAGAAAUCAUGGAGAUAUUUAUGCUCACUUUUAUGAAUUAUUGCCUCAGUUCCUAAACAGACCUGUGGCAGUGCUGCUGAGCAGAACAUUUGCCUCCUUGUCUGGCUGUUUCCUCGCCCUGUUGCAGUAAUGCUCUUAGUGUCAUGUAGCACCCUCUGCUGGACUGUAUGUGCCAUAGUGCAUCCACGAGGAACUAAGGACAACUGGUCUGCAGGCAUCGGUACUCACAUCCUCCCCAUUGCCACCAUUUUUCCUUCUUCAGAUGCUCUUUUAUAUAUUGGGAGAGAUUCGAAGAGCAUAUGGUGCUUUCUGUGAAAGCUGUGUAAUACGAUACGUCUGUAUGGAGGAGUGGCAUGGUGCCAGCAGUGAUGGAGCCGUUUGGGAGAAGGCUUGACGACGGACCCCUCUGUUAUUGACUGAGUUGAGAGGCGGACAUAUUUGGGGUGAUAUAUUAUGCUUGGGAUAUGCUCCAGUGUGGCUAGCGUCCCAAAAUGACAACUUUGCAUUUGGAUCAUGUGCAGCUGUGGCCACUGAAACAUCAAAAGUGAACAGACCCUAUUUAAUUCAAAUGACCUAUAUUAUAUGUAUAAAACUAAAAAAUGUCCCGUUACUACAUAUUGAUAUUUUAAUUAAUAGCCUUUUUGAAAAAUUAUUCCUUCAACUGCUUUCCUUUCUGAGAAUCUGUCCAAAAAAGAGUGUUAGCAAUAAGGUUUACUAGUUGAAACCUUCCCAUUUUCUGAAGACUGGGAAUGUAUUCACCAUUAGGAAUAGAAAGUUCAGGUAUAAUGACAGGAGUAAUGUGAUCAUUACUCCAGCUCUGGCCUGAAGAAUUUAAGUACCACCGGUCAAAUAUUGCCAACACCGCCGCCAUACAAGAUCUGUUCAUCUAGAAGAUAUGGUGACUUUCAGUCUCUCAGAAUGGCAGAUCUGAUCUGGCUUAUUGCAGGUGUGUCGGUGCAGAUGUAUGCCCACUGCUCCCGAAUGCCUCAUAAAUGUUGUUGUAUUUUAUCCAAUAGCCUUCGAGUGAACCUCACUAUAUCACAUCUGAUUCAUCAGUGUCAGGUUGGAUUGCUGUUUUCAAUGCCUCAUUUAAACAGUUUUGCCUUGAAUCUAAUGUGACGCUUGGGAAUCAUAUGACUCAUAAAUGUCUAAUGUGAUAGAAUAAUGCAAAUGCAUGUGCUAUUUAUUCAUGUCAUGUCAUAUAGUAUAAAUUACUGUGGUAUGAUAUUUUUACUUGCAGGACUAUUAACAUUGUUCUUGCAACUGACAUUCUCAAUGCUUUUACAGUGCAGCUCAAACUUUCAAAUACUAAAUUUAUGACUUCAAGAUGAAAUUCUACAUUUAAUGACUUCCUAUGAAAGUGUGGGUGUGAAUUAUCAUUAUUUGUCAUUUCUAUAAUGUGUAAAACUAGACCCUUUGUAUGUAAUUUACUGAAAAGUCAGGACAGGCAACUUUAGUUCAACUUUCAUAUACAUGAAAAGACUUUUUUUUGCAAGAGCGUAAUCUCAAACUUAAAUCACACACCAAUGCAUUAUUAGCACUUGUGGAAAAUACAGGUUUAAUUUCAAAACCAGGGUCCUUUGUCUGAAAAAAAUAAUAAAAUUGGUCAUUCCUGCCUUCAGGAAUGUUAUAUUAUCGGGGUGCAUUUAAAUAAGUUGUUAUAGCAGUCUGAGAAAUAUAAAUCAUACAGGUACAAAACCCUUUACUUUGCAUUGAAGAUUCAGAUAUCCCAUUGCUUGUGUGUCUUUUCUAAAUGUUUGGGCUGCAGUUGUCCUCAAGCCUAUUCUGUCCAUUGCAACCAUGCCAGUUACUUUGUAAAAUCAUAUCUGAACUAAUUUAAGCUCAUAUGUCUAGAGAAGUGACUACACAAUGUUUUGUCUUAAUUGUUUAAUAUGUAAGGAAACGUAAAAUGGCCUGAAUAAUAUGAACUUUGUUUUAAUCUGGUUUUAAGAGAGGUGCCUUAUGUUUUCCAAGAAAAGCUGUUCUGUACACAGAAUUAGUCCAAUGUAUCAAUUUUUAAGUAAAUUACCUUAUUUUAGUACACAAUCA